UCCUGGGACAUGCUUGUCACUUCAAACAGCACAGCUAUGGGCGACUACGAAUACACCACAAUGGACUAUGAUGACUUCUUUAACAGCUCCACUCCCGAUUUGAACGGCUUUCUGGAUUUGAGGAACUUCUCUGAAUUUGAGCUGUGUGAUUCUGACGAGCAGGAGCAGAUCAUCAAAAUUUUCCAGACCUGUGUCUUCUGCCUCAUCUUCCCCGUGGGAGUGAUGGGAAACUGCCUGGUCAUCGCCACCUUUGCUCUCUACCGCCGCCUGCGGCUUCGCUCCAUGACUGAUGUCUUCCUCUUCCACCUGGCGCUGGCUGACCUCCUCCUGCUCCUCACUGUCCCGCUGCAGGGGGUCGACACUCACCUUGGUUGGAUCUUCGGCAACCCCCUCUGCAGGGCCACACGGACGUGCUAUUCCAUCAACACGUACAGUGGCCUGCUGCUGCUAGCUUGCAUUAGUGUUGACCGUUACAUGGUAGUAGCACGGGCCCAAAAGAUGCUCAGGCUGCGUAAUAAGAUCUUAACAGGCGGGAAGCUAGCGGCUAUAGGGGUGUGGCUAGUUGCAUUGUCCCUCAGUUUUCCUGAGAUCCAUUACUCUGGAGUGGAUGCUGUGGGAUACUGUGGGAUGCAAGGAAGUGUAAAAGUCAAAAUGGCUGCCAACUUCAUCAUCAUUGCUGUCUUCUGUCUGUCUUUCCUUGUUAUGGCCAUAUGCUACUCUUUGAUUGGUCACAUGCUGCGGGAGGGGCAGGUGCAGAGACGGGGCAAAGGGUGGCAGCGUCAGCGCACCUUGAAGCUGAUGGUGGUGCUGGUGUUGGCUUUUCUGCUGUUUCAGCUGCCUUACACAGUGGUGCUGUCGCGCAGAAUGGUGAGGCAAGAGUGUGACCCCCUGCCACAGUACAUCACCUGCACGCUGGCGUACACCCGCUGCUGCCUGAACCCCAUCCUCUACGCCCUUGUUGGCGUGCGCUUCCGGAACGAUGUGCUGACGCUCAUCAGCGAUGCGGGCUGCCUGUGCGGCCUCCGUCUGGGGCCGCAGACAGAGAGCUGCGUCUCCAUGUCGCCCUCCUCCCCUGCUUUCACCACAAUCUCAGCUUUAUCUCCCACAUCCCCUGACCGCAGUCACUCAAGCACCGAGAUUGCACCUGCCACCAAAUUUCAAUUUCCAACAGCAAAACAAUAUUAAUUAUAAAUGUAUUAACCCCGUUGCAUUAUUUGUAUAUCAUAUAUUUCCCCUGUAAUGAGCAUGCAGUUAUUUUAAAGAAGCCAUGAACUGAAAAAUGUAGUCUCAAUCAUCAGAUUUCAUGCUGAGUCUGAAUAGUUCUCAUUUC